ACUGCUCUCUGCAAUGAGCUGGUACAUCAUCUACACAGAUGGGGCUUGUCGGCGAGGAAAAGACGCUGAUCCGCGAUACUCUGAGCUACAAUCGGAGGCAGCAAUUGGUAUCUUCACGGAGGAUCACGAUGUUCUCGAACGACUGCCAGACACUAUGCGUCCUCACUCUGCUAUCAAGGCUGAGUUCUAUGCAAUCUUCCGCGCUCUCGAAGACGCCCCACCUCUGCGCCCUCUCCUGCUGCGCACCGAUUCAAUGCAAUGCGUCGACUCUCUGAACAAGUGGUACCACCACUGGAGACUCAGCGGCGGCUUCAAGACGGAUGGAAGAAGAGUGGCCGAUUGGGGGCUGAUUCAGUCGAUCAUGCAAGAGAUCCUUCAACGCCGAGCCCGCUCUCAGGUGGUGAGGGUCGAACACGUAUUGGGGCAUUCGGGUGAGAAGGGAAACGAGAGAGCAGACCUGCUGGCUAAGCUGGCGCUGCAGCAACCUAUCAUCGACGAUGUCAUUGGCUGGACCUAUACGUACCCAGUCGCAAACAAAGGGACAUUGCAAACCAUGAGCAACAAGUACGUUGUAUACACCGACGGAGCUUGCCGCGACAAUGGCUCUCGCACCCGUCGCCCCGAAGGCGCCAUCGGUAUCACCUCUGAGCUCGGCGACGUCUCUGAGCGCCUGCCUGAGAGCAUGAGGCCCCACAUCAACAACAAGGCUGAGCUUUGGGCCAUCUACAAAGCCCUCCGCGCUGCACCCUACCACAGGCCCAUCGAGCUGUGGACCGACUCUUCGGACUGCGUUAACACCUUCACCGACUGGUUCUGGGGAUGGGAGGACAAUGGAGGACGCAAGGCGAACGGUCAGCCCGUCGCCAAUUGGAAUCUGAUCUGCGACAUAAUGAAAGUCAUUCGCUCUCGCCGCAACCAGACCAUCAAUUUCGGUCAUGUCCCUGGUCACGCUAACGUGGCCGGUAAUGAGCGUGCUGAUCGUCUUGCCCGCCAGGCUCUACCCUCCGAGACGACGCACAUCGAGUACGCGGGCUACGCUGCCGCCUACUACUAG